UCUGACUGAUCUCACGGACUCUUUCAACAAACACAAACGCCGCUCUUUGCUUACUUAUUAUAUCUACUGCAGUCCGCAACGCAACUGAGUGAGAAAUAAAGAGUUUUUUUCAGUGUAUUUCAAUCCUAUAAAUUUAGUCCCUUUUGAGAUUUAGCUUUGUUUUAGACAUACAUGGAUGUUUUAAGACAUUACUCUGAUCCACAAUAUCUAAUGGGGUCUGAUAUUUGUUCCUCGGAGUUUGAGAGUGGCAGUGGUCGCAUUGUGAACUUGUCAGACGAAGAGGUCAUGUUGGCUUCCCAGAAUCCUAAGAAACGAGAUGGGAGAAAGAAGUUCAAGAAGACUAGACAUCCAGUGUACCGUGGAGUGAGGAGAAAGAACCCGUGGAAAUGGGUUUGUGAAAUGCGUGAGCCAAAUAAGAAGUCGAGGAUUUGGCUUGGGACUUUUCCCACAGCAGAAAUGGCAGCGCGUGCACAUGAUGUGGCAGCUAUCGCUCUCCGGGGCAAGUCCGGGUGUCUAAAUUUUGCCGACUCGGCGUGGCGGCUUCCGGUUCCAGCAUCGGCGGCGGCGAAGGAUAUUCAGAGGGCGGCAGCGGAGGCUGCUGAGGCAUUUCGGCCCGCGGAGUUGGAUAGAGUUUUUGGGGAUGAAUCGAGAUGGAAGUUUGAAAGUGCAGCGGCGGCAGCUGUAGUUGUGGCAGCCGCAGCCGCAGCAGUGGCUGCUACAGCAGCUGCAAUAGCGAUGGAGAUGGAGGAGGAAGGUGUAUUUUUUAUGGAUGAGGAGGCCGUUUUCGGCAUGCCGGGGUUGUUGGCAAAUUUGGCAGAGGGAAUGUUGUUGCCUCCACCUCAUUGUUAUGAUGGAGAUGACAUAGAAACUGAUACUGACAUGUUUUUAUGGAGUUACUCAAUUUAAUUAAACUGAAUUAAGAUUAAUAGUAUUGAGCUUAAUUCAGCCCCUUCACAUAAAUAAAAUUAAAAAAGAAAAAGAAAAAAAGAGAGCUUAAUUUAGAAUAUAGAAUGGUUGCUUAUUGGGUAGAAUUCUUAUUGUUUUUGAUUAAGAGUGUGUUUGAAUUGGGGAAAAUCAUAAAUGGUGGGAAAA